CUCCAAUUCAAAGUUGUACUGGAUUUCACUUUUGAAUCUAGAGACACCGUAAUUCCUGGUGUUGUACGAUUGACACCGAGCACGCCGACACAGAUUAUGAAGUCGCUCGUACUGUACUUGCUGGCCUUGGUGGCUAUCGCCCAAGCUCAGAGAUGGUGGGAUGCAGAUGGAGAUGGCGAUGGUGAUGGAUACUUCGACGGAGACGGUGGGUUCGAUGGUAACGAUGAUGGCAAUGGGGAUGGCUUUGGUGACAGCUUUCAAAAUGGAAUCGGAUUUGACAUCCAGCAAGCCAUGAGCUAUCGCAAUAUCCACGGAAUAUUGGCCGCAGUUGCGUUCGUGGCCCUGUUCCCUCUCGGAUCGAUUUUCAUGCGUGUUAUUCCCGGUCGCUUUGCCUGGAUCAUUCACGGAAUCACUCAGAUGAUCGCGUACAUUGUUUACAUUGCCGGUGCGGCUCUGGGCAUUUAUCUUGUUCGCAUGGUGCAAAUUCCGCCCAACAACUCAAGUCUGCUCGAAAUGGAACAAACUCGCGCCCACCCUAUAAUUGGAUUAGUUGUCCUCGCAGUCUUAUUCCUCCAACCCGUGCUCGGCUGGAUUCAUCACAUUAGGUUCAAAGCUCUUGGCCGUCGGACGGCCUGGUCUUACGCUCAUCUUUUUAUCGGCCGCACCACGAUUACCCUAGGCAUUAUUAACGGUGGCCUCGGUCUGCAACUUGCGGGUGCGUCAGAUUCCGCUAUUACAGCUUACUCCAUUGUCGCUGCCAUCAUGUGGACGUUGUGGGUCAUUGCGGCGGCAUACGGCGAGGUGAAGAAGCGUCGGGUAGUGAAGAAACAACCGGAGUAUAUGAAUCAGCCCAGUCCACCUUACACAGUCGGUCCGAUGUAUGGAGACGCGACAUAUAACGAACCGAGGACGUAUACGCCCGGGAGUGCGGUUGCUGGUGCGGAGACUGAAAUGACGACAAGGAAGCCGAAAAGGAGCGCUGGGUCAGUGUCUUUGACAUCGACGGAGCAGACGAGACGAGCAGCUCAGCAUUAGGAUGGCACAAAAUUUAUAGAGUAUCAAAAAUGUCGGUCUGGUCUGACUGGUGUCACAAGUCUUCUUGUCCGCAAAUAUUGUUGAGUAAAUUGAGGUACAUGCUGAAGUGGUUGGACGCAAGUUAUAGGUGUAAGGUAUAUUUGUUCUUAGACUUCGUCGAAUGUUUUCGUCUAUGU